AAGAAGUCGGAGAAUGUGAUCCAAAGUAAAGAUUCUGGGGAAAAAAAACAGAAAACUGUUGUGGAUGAAGUAAAGAGAAAAGAAAAAGUGGAAGCUCAAGAAAAGAAAAAGGCAGAGCAGGAACUAAAAAGAAAAGAGAAAGAGGAAACCCUGAAGAAAAAACAAGAAAAAGAAGAGAGAAGGACAAUUAAUUUAAAAAGUUGUGAUGAUGCUUUGCAGCAGAUGAAACAACAAGGCCUCUUCAGUUAUGCAGAGUCAUCUGUGGAUGUUUUUGAUGAGAACCCAUUAAUUACUUCUAUGGAUGAUAAUGAUACUGAUGUUGAUGAUGAUGAACCACCACAGUAUGCCACUUUACAAAACUUUUGUAGUGAUGACUUGGUGGAAGAAUCAUUAAGCCUUUUAACUCCACCAAGAGAAAAACCAGCACACAAAUCUCAACAUCAAGAUGAUAGACCAACUCAAGGUGGUAAGGUGCCCCGUGCACAUUUUUUAAAACAAGGUACUACUGGUAAUGAAACUAAUUACUCUGAACUGAGCAGGAAGUACUCAACACUUCUUCAGAGAUGUGAAUCAAUGAAAUUGGAUAAUGACAUUCUGAAGAAAGAAAAUGCAAACCUUAAAGUUCAGCUUGCAGCUGUUCGAAAUGAACAACUGGAUGAAGAAGUUAUUGAAAUGGCAUCAACCCCAACUGGUGGGAAAAUAAGUAAAGAGGUUUGUCGUUUGUUCAAGAUGGUAGAAUUGACACCUGGUGAUGGUGUUUAUAUAACACAGAAAAACUUGAUGAAGGCAAAACACAAGCUUGCUUCAUCGCCAAACUGCUAGCGCACUGUUCCUAGCACGAACAAUGUUCACAGAUAAGGAGCUUAUGAACAUGAAUAUACGUGGAGUUAAUGGGGAAAAAACCAAAUGGAUCCAGACAUAAGGUCGUCCAUUUAUUGCUUUCUGUAUGAGUGGACCAAAAUCGACACCAGAAGCAUCCAUAAACCGUGCAUUGGGCACUAUGAUAUCAGGUUUACGGUAUCAAGACACCAAAAAAUGAAUAUUUGAUAUCAGUUUAGUACCAGUAAUAAACUUUUUGGUCUGUUUAUUCUAUAUUAAGUAGUAAUAAUUAUGCAUGCUUGUUAAACUUUUGAGAGUAUAUUACUUGCAAAUUGUUUAUAUACAUUAUUUCUGAGCGUUUAUACUUAAUUUUGCCAUGUACAUUACUCCGGAUUCCCAAUGUGCAAGGUUGUA